GCAAUCUCAGCGGGCAUCGUAGAGCACUCGAAGAGCCGAGCGAGCGAGCGAGCAGACGCUCUGGCUCUGCCGCCCGGAGACUUCAAACCCAUCACUUCUUCCUCGCCUUCCUCGCACCCCCUUUCCCAGUUCCCAAGCGCGCCCUCGCACGCGAAAAUAAUAAUUCUCGAGUCAGUGAGCCUAGCUAGGGUCGAGUCCCGGCUGGGGAUGACGAGCCCUCGCCGGCGAUGGACCUGCCGCUAGCCCUCGCAGCUCUAGUCCUCCUCCUCCUCGUGCUCCUCGCCGCCCCGCCGGCGGCGCUGCUCAUUGCCCUCCACCUGCGCCGCCGCCGCCGCAGCCUCCGGAGGCCCCGGCCAACGCCGCCCGAGCCGGCGGCCGCGGCGCUCGAGCCGAGCGCGCCGGCCGAGGAGGACGAGGGCGGGGAGGAGAAGAGGCGGCGGCGGAGGGCGCGGCGGAAGCAGCAGCAGCAGAAGCAGGGCGGCGACGGGGCCGCCUCGCGGGCGGCGGGCGGCGGCGGGGACGGCGCGCUGCCGCCGCGGCCGCGGUUCCCGCUCGCUUCGGUGGCCGGCGCGCUGCAGCGGCGGAUCACCGCGCGGUACGACGAGCUCGCGCUGGCCAGCCAGGCCCAGUCCCUCACCAUUGACCAGGUCCAUGAGUUUCUUAAGACUCUUGUAGAUGCGAGGGAUGAACUACUACAAAAGUCUGAGAACACCCGAAGAAGCAUCACAAUAAGGAAGGCCAUGUUAUCCAACAGUCGUAACGGUAGGUCUUCACAUGACCACCUUCGCUUAUGUGAACAGGUGAGUAGAUUGGAAUUCGAAUAUGAAAGACUAAAGAAAGAUGCCAGCAUUUACCAUAAUCUCCAUGAGCAGCUUCAGCUGUCAUCGUGCUACAAACUGAUGGAGGAGAGCAACGAUGAAGCGGAGAAGAGAAUUCGCGAAGGAGCCUUCGCCAAAGGGGUGCGUGAUACCGCCUUCGAGGACCUGCUGGCCGUGGAGAAGAAGGACGACGCUUUCUGGCGCCGUGACGGGAAGCUGAGGUCGAUCUCGGACAGCAUGUAGGCAGCGAGGCAGAAGACAAGGCGAUCGCACCGACUGUGUCAUCUUCGUGGUCAUCAGUCUAGACUGCAGCAACUAGAAACUGAAUCUGUCCCUUGGAGAACUUGUGUGUGUUGAAACCAUUGGUGGUGUGAUCGUGCUCGUCGAGCUCUCGAUCCUCCUCCUGUGUCUUGAACUCUUGAGUCGUGGCUUUCAAUAAGAUCUGAACUGGGCAGAUCCAA